AGAAGAAGAAGAAAGAAGAAGAAGAGUGUGAGCUGUGAGAGGCUCUUAUAACCCACAACAACAACAACAUGACGACCUUAAGACCAUUCCGGUGUGAAGAUAUGUUUCACUUUAAUAAUGUUAACCUGGACCCACUAACAGAGACCUAUGGACUCUCCUUCUACCUGCAGUACCUAGCUCACUGGCCAGAGUACUUCCAGGUGGCUGAGUCCCCUAGUGGCGUCAUUAUGGGCUAUAUCAUGGGUAAAGCUGAAGGCCAUGGAGAAAACUGGCAUGGCCACGUUACUGCAUUAACUGUUGCUCCAGAGUAUCGACGACUGGGCCUGGCCAAGCAGCUCAUGGCCAUCUUGGAAGACAUCUCUGAGAAAAAGCGCUGUUACUUUGUUGAUUUAUUUGUGCGAGUGAGUAACCUAGUAGCUAUAACCAUGUACAAGAAGCUGGGCUACAUUGUUUACCGCACAGUGUUGCAGUAUUACUCAGGAGAUCCUGAUGAAGAUGCUUAUGACAUGAGGAAGGCAUUGUCUCGAGAUGUUCAUCAGAAAUCGGUGGUCCCAUUAACGCAUCCUGUUAGACCUGAAGACAUAGAAUAGCAGUUAAGGGCUGUUCUAUAUUUAUUAAUGCAGUUUGUUUCAAAAUAUAUAAAAGUAUUCA